AUGAGUAAUCGACCUCGCAUCCUCGACCUCGGCACGCUGCUGAUUGCCAUUCCGGUUGCCCUGCCGCUGAUUAUUGUGCUGGCGGCGCUGUUCGGACCGGCUGAUGAGGUCUGGUUACACCUGCGUGAAUAUCUGCUGGCUGAAUAUGUCCUCAAUACGCUGCUGCUGAUGUUACUGACCGGGCUGCUCGCGGGUGUUUUUGGCAUCAGCACCGCCUGGUUGAGUACUCACUAUGAAUUUGCCGGCCACCGCUGGGUUGCACCAGCACUGGUAUUGCCCCUGGCUCUGCCCACUUACGUGGCCGGCUACGUCUACGCUGACCUGCUGGAAGUGUCUGGUCCCGUGCAGGCAUUUAUCCGGGAAAUCACUGGUUGGGGGGUCAGCGAAUUUCGCCUGCCACCCAUACGUUCUCUACCCGGAGCCGCCAUGGUCAUGUCACUGGUCCUCUACCCCUACGUCUAUCUGUUAGUGCGGGUUAAUCUGGACUCACAAUCGAGCAUGCUGUCCGACGCCUCACGCACGCUGGGCGCUUCUAAUUUUGAGCUGUUCCGCAGAGUGACCCUGCCACUGGCCAGACCUGCCAUAGCAGGCGGGCUGGCGCUUGUCCUGAUGGAAACCGCAGCCGAGUUCGGGGUUGUGGAACACUUUGGGGUGGCCACACUGACCACCGGCGUAUUCCGAACCUGGCUGUCUAUGGGAGAGCGCGGUGCAGCGCUCCAGUUGGCCGCAUGGUUAUUCCUGCUGGUGAUAUUCCUGGUUGCGCUCGAGCAGGCGACCCGCAGAGGCCAGCGCUUCAACCUGGCGACACCAGACAAGCCUGCCAGAAAACAGAGACUCACAGGCUUCAGAAGCGCUCUUGCCCUUAUUGUCUGCCUGUUACCUGUUGUUCUGGGUUUUGUACUGCCGGCAGGUUUACUGCUGAAUUAUGCUCUGGAAACCGGGGAUCCACUGCUCAGCACACGUUUUAUCGGGUUUGUAAAAAACUCACUUUACGUUUCCACCAUCGCCGCCGCUUUGUGUGUGAUCGGUGCCAUGUGGCUGGCCUAUGCCGCUCGACUGAGGCCUACCGUACCGGUGAGGUACGGCAUUCGCGUUGCCACUUUAGGAUACGCGAUUCCAGGGCUGGUGCUGGCGACCGGCGCCCUUUUACCGCUGACCGCUAUCGACCAGUGGCUGGCAACAGAGUUUGACAGCAUUAACUCACUGAUGAUCACCGGCACAAUCGCUGGUCUGGUAUUCGUCUAUAUCGCACGCUUCAUGACGGUUGCUUUCAACAGUGUGCAAGGCGGACUGGGGCAGAUUCAUCCGUCUCUUGAUGACGCUGCCCGCACCUUAGGCGCAUCGCCAACCCGACUUUUCGGCCGCAUCCAUGUACCUCUGUUAACGUCAACCAUUGCCUAUGCGGGUCUGCUGACCUUCAUCGAUGUGGUCAAAGAACUGCCCGCUACACUGAUCAUGCGGCCCUUUAAUUUCGAAACCCUGGCAACCCGGGUGUAUCGACUGGCCGCUGAUGAACGUAAGUCUUCUCUGGCAUUUGAUACGCUCUAUGCUGAAGGUCAGCGUCGCUACGUCGAAUCGCUGUCCGCCUACGCGCGACAGUUUCUGUCGAUGAUGGAAAAGCCAGACGUCGACCAUAUUGAAGGGUUAUCACCCGCCAUUUCGAUUGAACAGAAAUCGACCUCACACAACCCACGCUCUACCGUAGGCACGAUCACAGAAAUCUACGACUAUCUGCGCCUGUUGUUUGCCAGAGUAGGUGAGCCGCGCUGUCCAGAUCACGACGAACCACUGGCCGCGCAGACUGUCAGCCAGAUGGUUGAUCAGGUGCUGCAGAUGCAGGAUGGCGAGCGCAUCAUGAUUCUCGCGCCAGUCAUUUCAGAGCGUAAAGGCGAGCACCAGCACGUUUUUGCAGAAUUACGCAGCAACGGUUUCGUGCGCGCCCGCGUCGACAACAUUGUUGUUGAUCUCGACGCCACCCCUGACCUGGACAAGAACAAAAAACACACCAUUGAGGCGGUCAUCGACCGCGUACGCAUUCGCGAUGGCCUGCAACAACGACUGGCAGAAAGUUUUGAAACCGCGCUGCAGCUGUCUGACGGGGUUGCUCUGGUGCGCAGCAUGGAAGACGAAAAAGCGCCGCCGCAGAUUUUUUCAGCGCGCUUUGCCUGCCCGCAAUGUGGCUACAGCAUUUCCGAGCUAGAGCCUCGCAUGUUUUCUUUUAACAACCCUGCCGGGGCGUGCGAUUCGUGUGAUGGUCUGGGCGUUACCAAUUUCUUUGAUCCAGAACUUGUGGUCGCCGACGAAGACCUGACCCUUGCGGAGGGUGCCAUUCGUGGCUGGGACAGACGCAACGUCUACUAUUUCCAUAUGUUGACCUCGCUGGCUGAUCACUACGGCUUCGACGUUGAGAUGCCUUUUAAAAAGCUCAAUAAGAAGCAACGUCAGGCCAUAUUGUUCGGCAGCGGGCAGACCCGUAUCGAUUUCAGCUACGCCAAUGAUCGAGGUGAUGUGAUCAAGCGGCGCCACCGCUUUGAAGGUGUCAUCCCCAACAUGGAGCGUCGUUACCACGAGACCGACUCCAAUAUGGUGCGGGAGAACCUGCAGAAAUAUCUGCGUGUGGCCGAUUGCCCCAGCUGUGCCGGCACACGUUUACGACAGGAGUCCCGCCAUGUGUUUAUUGGUACCAGCAACCUGCCGGAAAUUACCCAUGGCUCGGUCGAAGACACGCUGAAGCACUUUGAAUCUCUGAAGUUGAAAGGCCAGCGCGCCACUAUUGCAGACAAAAUUCUGAAAGAAAUUAUUGCCCGUCUGCGUUUUCUGGUGGAUGUCGGCCUCAAUUAUCUGACCCUGGAUCGAAGUGCAGAUACGCUGUCCGGUGGCGAGGCGCAACGUAUUCGUCUGGCCAGCCAGAUUGGUGCUGGCCUGGUCGGUGUCAUGUACAUUCUUGAUGAACCUUCUAUUGGCUUGCACCAGCGUGACAAUGAACGCCUGUUACGCACCCUGGAACAUUUGCGCGAUCUGGGUAACACCGUACUGGUGGUUGAACAUGAUGAAGAAGCCAUUCGCGCUGCAGACUACCUGAUCGAUAUUGGCCCCGGCGCAGGUGUUCACGGCGGUAAAAUCGUCGCCGCAGGUGGCAUCAAAGAUAUCCUCAAGGCAAAAGACUCCAUCACGGGCCAGUAUCUUUCCGGGCGCAAAUCCAUCGCCGUGCCCGGCGUACGCACGCCGUUUGAUGAAGAAAAGGUGAUCACUCUGAUCGGUGCCAAGGGUAAUAACCUGCAGGACGUGACGGUCACUAUACCUUGCGGCCUGCUGACCUGCGUUACCGGCGUUUCAGGAUCAGGUAAAUCAACGCUGAUCAAUCAAACCCUUUAUCCUUUAGCUGCCACUGCGCUGAACCGGGCUGAGACACUGAAGCCUGCACCAUUUGAUCACAUGGAAGGCAUGCAUCAUCUGGACAAGGUGGUCGACAUUGAUCAGAGCCCGAUAGGGCGCACGCCACGCAGCAACCCGGCGACCUAUACUGGCCUGUUCACCCCCAUAAGAGAGUUGUUUGCCCAGGUACAGGAAUCCCGCGCGCGCGGGUACAAACCCGGGCGAUUCAGUUUCAACGUUAAAGGCGGUCGCUGUGAGGCGUGUCAGGGUGAUGGUGUCAUCAAAGUAGAAAUGCAUUUUCUGCCGGAUAUCUACGUGCCUUGUGACGUCUGCAACGGCAAGCGCUACAACCGGGAGACUCUGGACGUACGCUACAAAGGUAAAAACAUCCACGAAGUUCUGGAUAUGACCAUCGAAGAUGCACGAACAUUUUUUGAUGCUGUCCCCAUGCUCUCUCGCAAACUACAGACACUGAUGGAUGUCGGCUUGUCGUAUGUGAGGCUGGGACAAUCGGCGACCACCUUAUCCGGUGGCGAAGCGCAGCGAGUGAAGCUGUCACGGGAGCUGUCUAAGCGGGAUACUGGACAGACGCUGUAUAUUCUUGACGAACCAACAACCGGCCUGCACUUUCACGAUAUCGCUCAAUUGUUGGAUGUACUGCACAGGUUGCGCGAUGCGGGCAACACGGUUGUGGUUAUCGAACACAAUCUGGAUGUCAUCAAAACAGCUGACUGGGUGAUUGAUCUGGGACCUGAAGGCGGCUCCGGUGGCGGCACUAUUGUUGCGACCGGCACACCUGAAGCAGUUGCAAAGGUACGCAAAUCUCAUACCGGACGUUUUCUGAAACCGUUGGUAGGCAGUGGGGCUAAGCGCUAG